AUGCACAUCACGACCCCUUUGGCCCUCAUGGGCUUGAGCUCUGCUUUAGUCCAGGCUCGACCUCAGCCGCUUCUGGCCAGCACUGUGACGACUACAGUCACAGUAUGCGGCAGUGACUGCGCAGUCACGACUGUCACUGUGUCGGCUGGGUGUUCCCAGACUUCCACUCUCCCCUUCUCAUCGGGCACGACCCUGGGAACUUCGUCCACUGCCCCCGUCGGAUCGUCGUCCAUUAGUUCCUACCCAGCCUUGACUUCCACGAUCACCCUGCCCGACUCAUCCGUUACCGUCAUCACUCUCACUUCCAGCUCUGUCGUCACUGUCAGCAUUUCACCCUCUUCGUCCGUUCCCGGUACAUCUGCUUCCGGAUCAGGGUACUCAACAAGCUCAGUGCUAGCCAUUACAAACUCCGGCACCGCGUCAAGUUCCUCUGGCAUUUUCCCCAACUCCACUAUCGCAACUUACCCAACCUCAUCUGGAUUGCUGCCCACAACUAUCACAGCCAGCUCUGGUUCUUCCGCGGCCCCCACGUACCCCAGCAACAGUUCGGCCAUCGGCGCUUCCAGUACUGGGCCUGUAACAUCGGGCAGCAGUUCCCAAGAGAGUUCGAGCACCACGUGUGAGUCUUCCGAGACCGACACUCCAACAUCGUCAGUCGGUGGCAGUUCAGCCAGCAACCCCUCGUGGAGCAACACUUUCGGUUUAACCUCGAGCACCGGACCGGUCACCGGAUCGUCGUCAGCUUCAGGCCCGGCUACCACUCAGCCAUACCCGACAAGUCCAUUCUCCAACAUCUCGGUAUCUCUGGGUUCGACGCUCACGGUCACGCUCAGCCAGACCUCGUCUGCGGUGAUUGGCACAUCAUCUGAUUCUCCAGUCACAGCGUCGUCCAGUGAAUCAGGGUACCCGUCGUCCUACAGCGGCAGCACCUUCACGUCGACUGUGACGAUCCCGACAGCGACAUACGGAACCACUACUCAGUUUCUCACCUCGACCGCUACGAUCUCUGUGACCUCCAGUCAGACUGGAACUUCUUCAUCUGGUGUUUUAACCAACACUUCCAGCACUGGGCCGUAUAGUUCAAACACUCAGAGUUCCGUCACGAGCGUGGUUUACAGUACCGCAACUUCCUCCUAUGGCUCCAGCUCAGUCCUCACGAGUGCUUCGGCAUCGCCGGUGUCCACGAGCACGUUGUCAUUCUCCGUCGGUCCCAACUAUACAAGUAGCUACACGUCGAGCCUGAUCAGCUUCACUUCAACGGUGACCCUGAGCGAGUCAUCUUCUCUGCCCGCCAUCAGUUCUGGAGGCUACUCGACCUCGAUUCCUCCUCUUACUUCCACAUUGACACUGACCUCAACAUAUGGCACCUCGUCAAACUCCCCGGCAACUGGAUCUUCGAUUGCCAGUGGAUCUACCAGCGGCUCUGGUACCGCGUCGACAUACGCAUCUACUUCACCGUACGGUUCCUCAUCUUCUGCGUCAGUGUCUUCCGGUUCAGGCUUGUCAUCAUCUUCGGCUGCUCCAGUCACCGGGUCUUCUUCGUCAAGCGGAUCGGCCAGUACCAGCACUUUGACCUUGACCUACCCGACAUCAUCAAGUGUGACUGCUUCCACUGGCCCCUACUCGACCUCAUCUGGUAGCGCAUCCUCCGGCCAGCAGUCGGGUACCACUCCUUCAAGCAGCAGCGCAGUCCAACCCAUCACCUCCAGCACUCCAUCGGCCACCUCGUCCAGCCCGGCCGUCACAACCACCUGCCUCAGCCAGCCCAUGUAUGGCGGGGCAUACACAUACACAUGCAUCACCAUCCCCGUGUCCUCUUCCAUAAUCCACAGCACCGGCAGCACCGACGCAGUUACGGCCUCCGCCUCAUCGAGCCAGAGCACCGCCACGCAGUCCUCCGAGUCGUCGUCGAUCGGAUACUCAUCAAGCGGCUACCCCACAAGCUCGCACAUCCCAAGCACGUUGACCGCGACCGCUUCCCUCUCCUCGAGCUCGGUCCACUCCACCGCCAGCAAUGAUGCCGUUACCAAUCCAGUCCCCAGCAGUACCGCGACCAGCUCCGUUCCCGCAUCUACCACUUGCGUGUCCGGCGGCUACGGCGGCGCCGUGAUCUGCGCCCCCAUCGAGACCAGCACCCUUCCCACUGGCGCAUCCUCCACCGAUGCCGUGACUGGAUCCGCCAGCUCGUCUACGCCUACCACUUUGGUCACGUACUCAGCCACCUCAACUGCACCCGGCUACCCCACUGAGUCGGUGCCCGCCGAACAUGGCGGCGGGUGGUACGGCGCCCAAGAGCACCACAAUGAGAACGGUGCCAGCGGCUGGAACUGGGGUAAGGGCGGCAAAGGCCAUGGCAAGCCCGGAGGCUGGCGCUCGGUCUGA